GAUAAUAAUAAUCGCUCAUAAAAUAUCGAAUAACGUUAUACCGCCCAAAAAUUACCCACCGAAUAGGGAUUUUUCCCUUCGCUCUCUAUUCUCUGAAUAGUAUUUUCGUAGUAUCUAUCGUUAUUUAUAUUAUAAAUUUAUUAUAUUGUGGUAAAAGAUGCCCCUCUUAAUAUCGAUAAGCAAAAUAAUAGUAGCUUUAGCUGCUUUAUCUAUUACGGGGCUUACAUUUAUUCGUUUAAUAUCUUUUCUUUCUCAGCAACGAACAUUCAAUGAGCUCCCGUUGACAAAUCCUUAUUUAGCUCUCCUAAUUGAUGGAAGUUGCCUUGUGUUGUUCAUCAUACAACAUAGCUUUAUGAAAACAUCAGCUGUUACUAACAUUAUAAAGAAAAUUGGCUUUGAAACUUUUCAAAGAACAAUAUAUGUGGUUUUCACUGCCUUAACUUUGCAGUUAUUGAUGAUUUAUUGGAAAAGCACAACUACUUUGUUUUUGUGGAAAAUUGAUACAUUACAAAAUGAUCUAUGUUGGUGGACUUUUACCAUUCUUCAUGGCAUUGCUUGGUCUUUUAUUUAUGGUGGAUGCCUGAUAAUGGAUUUAUAUGAAAUGAUUGGAAUAAAACAGAUCUACUAUGAUCUCAGAGAUUUGGGAAAUCCUCGACAGUGCAAGUCUGAACACUUACUCAGGUUACAUGAUCAUUGUCGUCAUCCCAGCAUAAUAUGUUUGAUUAUAAUAUUAUGGAUCUAUCCAGUUAUGAGUUUAGACAGGUUGAUGUUAGCAGUGAUCCUUACUGUGUAUGCACUUUUAGGAUUUCAGUCAGAUCAUCUGGAUUAUGUAUAUCAGAAAGAGCAGAUGCAUCAAAAGAAAAUAGAAUUAGAACACUAUUUUUAAUUUUUUUU